CACCGUGCUGUCAUCUGUUUCUAAGACUUUCCCCCCAUCUAACAUGGUGAAGAAAGGAGUGAAGAAGAGAACAAAGUAACUCCUGGGAGAGUGAAGAUCGCUGGUGACCAGCAGCACCACCGCCACCAAAUAGCUCCAGCUCCUGUGGCCACCCACGUCCACCGCUCGCGGGGAGACUGCAGGGGCGCACGGAGGAUCCCGGCCGGGCGAGGAGAGGCAGCGGCCCUUCCGAGGAGUUAUGGAUGGUGGUGCACUCACUUCUGGCCAGAUCCGCAGCCCGAGGGAGCUAACCAGCGGCCGCCACCUCCAGCUGUCUCCUUGCCUCGCACCGGGUCUCACCCUUCCAGUAUGUUCCUUCUGAUAAGACCAUUUCCAGUGCCGAGAGUUUCAGUACAAUGUGGAAAUGGAUACUAACACAUUGUGCCUCAGCCUUUCCCCACCUGCCGGGCUGCUGCUGCUGCUUUUUGUUGCUGUUCUUGGUGUCUUCCAUCCCUGUCACCUGCCAAGCCCUUGGUCAGGACAUGGUAUCACCAGAGGCCGCCAACUCCUCUUCUUCGUCCUCCUCCUCGUCCUCCUCCUUCUCCCCUCCCAGUGCGGGGAGACAUGUGCGGAGCUACAACCACCUCCAAGGGGAUGUUCGCUGGAGAAAGCUCUUCUCUUUCACCAAGUACUUUCUCAAGAUCGAGAAGAACGGGAAGGUCAGCGGGACCAAGAAGGAGAACUGCCCGUACAGUAUCCUGAAGAUAACGUCAGUGGAAAUCGGGGUUGUUGCCGUCAAAGCCAUUAACAGCAACUAUUACUUAGCCAUGAACAAGAAGGGGAGACUGUACGGCUCGAAAGAAUUUAACAAUGACUGUAAGCUGAAGGAGAGGAUAGAGGAAAAUGGAUACAAUACCUACGCGUCCUUUAACUGGCAGCACAACGGGAGACAGAUGUACGUGGCACUGAACGGCAAAGGCGCACCCAGGAGAGGACAGAAAACUCGGAGGAAAAACACCUCAGCUCAUUUUCUUCCAAUGGUGGUGCACUCAUAGGAGGGGCGCUCAUGGGGCAGGAGACCUACACCUCUUUGGCCGGGAAUAGUGGGUAUUCUCCAUGAACACAGUAGUAGCUCAAAUGCAAAGAUGCAUUGCAGACAUCUGCUUGCUUGAAAGAAGGAAAGUCUUGGAAAGUUUUUGUACUCACUGCUGAUGUGUGAUGUUCUUUUAAUUAGUUCUGUGUCAUGCCUUAUAAUCGAGAUAG